AUGACAGUUGCAAAGGCAGCCACCUCCCUGUCAAGCAGACUCGUCAUGGCCAGCUCCGCACGGUUGACAAGCCGGAGCUUCUCCGCUUCUGCCUCGGCACUAAGGCAGCGCUCAACACCGGCUGCCUACUACAGAGGUGGCACCUCGCGUGGCGUCAUGUUCCAGGAGAAACAUCUGCCUGAAGACGAACAAGCCCGUCGCAGUAUUUUUCUUCAGGUAAUGGGCACGCCAGACCCCAAUGGCCGCCAGCUCGACGGAAUGGGUGCCGGCAUCUCCAGCUUGUCCAAGAUAUGCCUCGUAGCCCCGACCGAUGACCCCAAGGCCGACGUUACCUAUACCUUCGUCGGCUUGGGCAUUGAAACGCCCAUUGUCGAUCUGGCCGGCAACUGCGGCAACAUGAGCUCUGCCGUUGGUCCGUACGCCUUCAACGAGCGGCUACUGGGCGACAUUGACUACGAGAAGGAGGGGACGGCAACCGUCCGCAUUUUCAAUACAAACACUAAGAAAUACAUCAACAACAGCUUUCCCGUCGCCAAUGGCCAGGCCCAGGUGCAGGGCAAUUUCUCCAUCGAUGGUGUUGGCGGCACUGGUGCCAGAGUAACGUUGGAUUUCCUCGACCCAUCUGGAUCCAAAACAGGCAAACUCCUUCCCACUGGCAAUGUUGUUGACAGGUUUAAUGGCAUUGAUGUCAGCUGUGUUGAUGCCGCCGGUCCUGGGGUUUUUGUGCGUGCCGAGGACAUUGGCGUGGAUGGGACCAUCCUACCCAAUGACUUCAACAAGCUCCCGGAUAAGCUUCAAUUGUUGGAGGAGAUUCGUCGACAAGCAGCUGUCGCAAUGGGCAUGUCAAAGGCUACCUCGGAUGUUUCCAGGGUCACGCCUAAAAUUGCCAUUGUCUCUGCGCCUGCAAGCCACAAAAUUCUCUCAGGUCAGACGCAGGAUGCCUCUGCAGUGGAUGUUGUCAUCCGAUUCAUCUCGGAUGAGCAACCCCACAGAGCGAUCCCACUGACGGGUGCUCUGUGCGUCGCCGCAGCUGCAAAGGUAAGUGGUUCCAUAGUGCAGCAACACAUCACCCAGAAUCUGGUGGAUCCCGACAUGAUCACAAUUGGUCACGCAAGUGGGCGUAUCCAAGUCGCUGCAAAGAUGAACGAUUGCAACGAGGUUGAGACUGCAACCGUCUUCCGUACUGCCAGGCGCAUAAUGGAAGGCCAGGUCUACUGGAAUGAAUAA